UUUCUUUCUUAGAGCCAAUCAGGACACAGUGUGGAGCCCGACAGCGCCGCUUAUUGGUCGCCUGUUGCAAUGGCAGGAGGAGGAGAAAUUGAGUACUUCCGCAUUCUGUGGAAUUUGCGCUGCUCGGCUCGAGGCUUCUACUCUCUCAUUCCCACGACUCGGUUUUGGAUUGCAGCUCAUCAUGUCUCAGGCUGAUAAAAUGAAGGGGCAGUUCACCAACCCGGAGACUCCUGGUUACGUGGGAUUCGCCAAUCUGCCCAAUCAGGUUCACCGUAAAUCAGUGAAGAAGGGCUUCGAGUUCACACUCAUGGUGGUGGGUGAGUCUGGUUUGGGGAAGUCGACUCUGAUUAACAGUCUGUUCCUCACUGACCUGUACCCAGAGAGGAUCAUCCCUGGAGCUGCAGAGAAGAUCGAGCGCACGGUGCAGAUUGAAGCCUCCACUGUGGAGAUUGAGGAGCGUGGAGUGAAGCUGCGUCUCACCGUAGUGGACACACCCGGAUACGGAGACGCCAUCAACAGCCAGGACUGCUUUAACACCAUCAUCGCCUACAUCGACGAUCAGUUCGAGCGUUACCUGCAUGACGAGAGCGGCCUGAACCGCAGACACAUCGUGGAUAAUCGUGUCCACUGCUGCUUCUACUUCAUCUCUCCACUUGGACACGGCCUGAAGCCGCUGGACGUCCAGUUCAUGAAGGCCAUCCACAACAAGGUGAACGUCAUCCCCGUCAUCGCCAAAGCCGACACACUCACUCUGAAGGAGAGAGAGAGGCUGAAGCGCAGGAUUUUAGAUGAGAUCGAUGAGCAUGGCAUUAAGAUCUACCACCUUCCCGAUGCCGAGUCAGAUGAGGACGAGGAGUUUAAGGAGCAGACGAGGAUUCUGAAGACCAGUAUCCCGUUUGCAGUGGUGGGCUCUAACCAGCAGAUCGAGGCUAAAGGGAAGAAGGUGCGAGGACGUCUGUACCCAUGGGGCGUGGUGGAGGUGGAGAAUCCUGAACACAACGACUUCCUCAAACUGCGCACCAUGCUCAUAACCCACAUGCAGGACCUACAGGAAGUGACUCAGGACCUGCACUAUGAGAACUUCCGCUCAGAGCGUCUGAAGCGAGUCGGCAGGUUGUCCUCCCACGGUUACAUUCUGCCUCUGUCGCCUGCGAAGGUUCCGGAGCCAGAGGAAAUGGACAAGGAUAUGAUCCUUCAGGAGAAGGAGGCUGAGUUGAGGAGGAUGCAGGAGAUGAUUGCGAAGAUGCAGGCACAGAUGCAGAAGCAGGGUGAUGAAGCAGAUGGACAACACGUGUAAACCAGUCGAGGUGCGGAGCCGUGUGGAGUGAGACGAUCUGAGACAGAGAGAGAGAGACUGAAGAAGAGGAAAGGGAGAGAGAGAGAGACAUCUCUGGUGUCUCACCUUGUCUCACUGUAUUUUGCCACUUUCUUAAUUUUUUUCUACUCUUCCUUGGGAUCUAAAAAUUUAGUUUUCCUUUUUUUUUUGUAAGCAGUAUUAUUAUUAUUAUUAUUAUUAUUAUUAUUAUUAUUAUUAUUAUUAUUAUUAUUAUUAUUUGUUUGUCUCUCCACAGACAUGUGCCGAUAUGAAGCGUCUUAAUUUUCCUUAAAUAAUCACCUAAACAUUUCAAAAUCAUCAAAAUCAUUUGCUCUUAGAUUGAGGUUUCUGUGGAAUUUAAGAAGAAAAAAAUCCUCUCGAUGCGUCUUUAAUAACGAUAACAAAAUAAUAAUAUUGUGUGGAAUAUCGCGAUAAAUAUCCUCCAGCUGAUUAUCGGCACAUGAUCAAGCAAUCUGUUUGUUUCGUUGUGUUGUGGCACCAGAAUACUGACCUGUGUAACCUGUGAGAGUGUGUGUGAGAGCGCGCGUGUCAGAGUGCGUGUGAGAGCGCGUGUGUUUUGUUUUAAGGGAUUCGUACGCGUGUUUGCUAAAAGAAGGACGCUCACUGCUCUGGAGGAAGGAUUCGUGCUCAGAGUGCUAGCAAAAGCAAAUUAGCUACUAAGUUAUACAAGCUAGCGGUGAAAUUAUUCUAGCGCAUAAACCUUAAUUCCGUUGCUGAGUUUUAAUGUGUGUUUUCAAACACACAAAUUAUUAGCACAUCAGCUAGCCAAUGUAGCAUUCUGGGUCAAAUCGUUCCUUCAGAAUUGUACCUCAGUCGGUUUAUUCUGUAAACUUUCGGAGGUUUCGCUGUAGAAAAAUUGGUCACCUUCAGAACAUCCUUCAGGACAUCCAGCGACUGAUGCGGGGAGUUCAUUUCUUCUGCUUUAGCUUGAGUUUACCCGAGCGGGUGAGGGUGAGGUGGAGCGAGAGCGGCGAGACGAGGCUGUGUUCGAGGCUGUGUUCAGCUUGACGUGAUGGUUAUAAUGUUUGUGUGAACGCCGUCACGUGAAAAUGACUGACAACAAAUAGGCAUGUGCCAAAAUUGAAGGAGUUUUUCACGCCGUAGUCUAAAUCGUAGUCUAGCGGUCGAGACGGCUCAUUGUUUUCUUUUUUUCGGGUUGAGAAGGAAACUGUAGGUCACUAGUUUUGUUUCCUUCCCUGAAACAUCCCUUUAAAAUUUCGUAAUUUAAAAUAAUCGUAACUCGGUGUAUUUUUGACAUUUGAUUAAAAAAAUAAAUAAAAAAUCAGACUGAAAUGCCAGAGCUGUUUAACAAAGUUUAGCUAGUUACUGAUGCUAGCGCCCGAGCUAAUUUUAUGAUAGACUGAUUAUUGGCACGUGCCUGGUGAUGUGAAGUUUUAAACUUUUUCACUUUGUUGAUGCAUGCUAAUUGUGUCCUUUACUCUGUUUGUGUGUUUGUUCACAUUGUUUAAUCCGACCCGCUGUAUGCCUUUUUCUGAUAGCGGCGCUUGCUCUGGUGCGCCGGUUCAUCCUUCACCUGAUCAGCUGUUACCAUUUUUAUUCCAAAAACAUUUUUCUAAUAAAUUUCCUCACCAUUAUCUUGUAUUGUAAUAAAGCUUUUUUUAUAUGAACGA